AUGGCAUCCCAGAUCAGAAGCGUUGCCCUCGCAGGUGCCACGGGCAAUGUGGGAGUUCCAACUCUAAAGGCUCUCCUGGAAACUGGCAAAUUCGAUGUGACCGUUCUCAUCCGUCCAGGCUCUCCGCACAAGUUCCCCAGCGGAGUCCAGGUCAAGGAGGUGGACAUGGCAUCCUCCGAGUCGCUGAUCGCAGCACUUCGAGGUCAAGACGCCGUGGUCAACGCCACCAGCGUCCCAGACCCGUCUGCGCACAUCCGAUUUGUUGAUGCCGCCAUUAAAGCUGGCGUGCGUCGCCUGAUCCCAGCCGACUUCGGCUCCGACCCAGCUCGCGUCGGUACGCCCGGCGAAUUUCCAGUAUUCGGGUUCAAAACCGCGACGUUCGCGCACCUUCAAGAGAUCACCAAGAACUCCAAGCUGGGCAGCUUGACCUGGACCGUCGUCUCCAACGGCUGGUUCCUGGACUGGAACCUGGAGAACGGGUGGAUGGGCAUCGACAUCCACAAGAAGCAAGCCGAGAUCACCAGCGGUGGAAACGUGCCCACCUUCUUCACCACCCUCGAGACCAUCGGCAAGGCCGUGGCUUCCGUGCUCCUGCACCCGGCCGAGACGGAGAACCGCGUCGUCUACAUCAAGUCGGUCUGGAAGACGCAGAACGAACUCCUCGCCCUGGCCCAGGAGGCGCUCGGGGCCGAUGAUUGGAAAAUCACGCAUCAGGAUCACAAGGAGAUGUACGACUGGUCCAUGGCUGAGAUGAAGAAGCGCAACUUUGACCUGCCGGUGAUUAUGCACCAGAUUCGCCGCACCAUGGCUGAUCCCGUGAUUGCUGAGCCGCCUGCGGAGUGGGCCAAUGACUUGCUCGGCUUGAAGACGAUGACUGACGAGGAAGUCAAAGAAAUGAUCAAGAGGCUGGUUUCUCAGUAG